AUGUCGGACUCUAACGUCUCAACAAAUUACGAGGAUGAAAGUCAUAGUUUGACCAAUGACAUUCUUCAAUCACAAAUUGAAUGUCUGGACAAUACUACAGUAUUAACGGAUAACUUUACACUUUUUGAUGUGCUGAAUAAAUUUAAAGAUCAAGUAAGAGUUAUGGCUGCAAGAGUGAGUCAGUUAUAUCAAUGUAUGAACCUUGUUAAAAAUCCAACUGAUCCAUCCACACACCAAGAAGUACUGAAAGUUAAAAAAAACAUCAUUAAUGGCAUUACCCAUUUAUUGAAAGAGACAAAACCUUUAAAUUAUCCUAAUUUCCAAUCUCUAAGUUCAGUAAAACUUCUAAAAACUUAUGAAAAAGUAUCUUCAGAAUGUAAAUUACUCCUGAAUAACAUCAAACAAGAUAAUGUUAAUAUUACUAAACAUACUGAUCGGUUCAACAAUUUAUCAAUAUUUAUGAAAGAUUUCCAACAAGAAAUAGAAAAAAUUGAAGCUCAAAAUACUAUAAGUAUGGAAAUGGAAACUGAGGUUUCUCGAGAAUUUAAGGAGUGCAAAUCUGAUAUGUAUUCAUUGUUAUCACAAGUGGAUCCUUCAUCUACAUUGAAAGAAGUUUUAAGUUUACUAGUGGAGUGUAAUGAUGAAGAUGAAGAAGAUUGCUGGGUGGACCUUACAAAUAUGCCUCAUUUAGUCUUGCAAUGUCAUAAUCUAAAAAAACAGGGAUUUGUCUUACAAAAUGAACAAAAAAAAUUUCUUUUUAAAUUAAAUAUUUAA